ACUGAACCACUGCUCCAGAGAGGUGUUCCCUCUGGAUCGGGCGCUUCCCAGUCAGUCGUGCCCGCACGGCUUAGCCUUCGUUCUGGAUAUUUUAUGGCGCUUACAAAAUGCACCGCUAAGCAGAAAUACGUCUAGAAAGUCAAUCGUCUGUCUGCUAUUUGGCCUCGAUUUAAAGCACUAAUGUCCCCACCCCUGUAGGUGGAGGGAUGGUAGAGGUCCGCUGGAAGGUUGCCUCUGGGGAGUUUGUUACACUUGGCAGAGGAGGGGAAUAACCAUGCUCUACAGUGCGCUGUUAGUUCGCAGUUACCGCACACUACAGUAGCAGAGAGGAUUCAUGCACAGGGAAAGCAAGUGCUCUGUUCUAUUGUGGGAUUAGUCAAUGUAACAGCAGCAGUGCCGAGAAAGCAGAAACUGGGCUACUUCUAGCCGUAUCUUCUUGCGCGGUCCAUGAUUGCUGGGAAGAUGCCCGUGAGAGGAGACAGGCUAUUUGUCCAUCAGUUCUCUCCGCCUCAUCACGGCAACAAGAAUUUGUCAGCAUGGCUUGGGGCCUCUAGCAUGGAAGAACUCAUAUGGGAGCAGUUCACAGUGACCUUGCAAAAGGAUAGCAAAAAGGGAUUUGGCAUUGCUGUCUCUGGAGGCAAAGAUAAUCCCCAUUUUGAAAAUGGAGAACCUUCAAUUGUCAUCUCAGAUGUGCUUCCUGGAGGCCCAGCAGAUGGAUUCUUACAAGUAAAUGAUCGUGUGGUUAUGGUUAAUGGGACACUUAUGGAUAAUGUGUUCCAUGCAUUUGCAGUUCAGCAGCUACGGAAAUGUGGAAAAACAGCCGUCAUAGUUGUGAAAAGACCUCGAAAAGUUCAGGUGACUGCAAGAAGGUCACCUUCUCCUGAGCUGGACCCUAGAGAUAUUGAUGCUGUAGACGAUGAUGGACCCUUUGAACACAGAAGUGCUUACAGUGGCUACAGCGAGAGGAGUUGGCAUAGUGGAAACGGUCAUCACAGUAGAGAAUCGAGUCCAGACAGAGGCUACAGCAAGGACCAGGAAAGAGGUCGUUCCUACGACAGGGAUCAAGACUGGGUUCGUGGGCGAAGCCGGGAGAGGGAUCUGGACGAUGAGCGAGAAUACAGGCGGGAGCGCAGUAGGGGUAGAAGUCUAGACCGUGACCAGAGUGAGGAGCGUAGAUACAAAAGAGAUCACAAAAAGAGUGUGGACAGAGAGGAAUCCUUUGAACGCAGCUACAGUGGAGACUACAGCCCAGACCGAGGCAACGGCAGGAGACUAGCACCUGACUACAGGAGUGAGAGGGAGAUGCCAGUGAAUCGUGCUCGUGAUAGGCUUCAGUCCCACAGUCCUUCACCUGAACCACACAGAAAAUCUGCUGCAGCUCACAAGGGACAUGAUAAGCCCAUCAGUGUUUUGCUUAGUAAAAACAAGCCCAGUGAAGAAUAUGGUUUGCGACUUGGAAGUCAGAUUUUCAUAAAAGAAAUGACAAAUACAGGUCUUGCAAGGAGAGAUGGAAACCUCCAUGAAGGAGACAUUGUUCUUAAGAUUAAUGGCACUGUCACAGAAAAUAUGUCUCUAACAGAUGCUCGAAAGCUAAUCGAGAGGUCCAGAGGGAAACUUCAGCUUUUAGUGCAGAGGGAUGCCAGCCAGACCCUUAUCAACAUCCCUGCACUAGAUGAUAGUGACUCUGACAUAGGAGACAUUUCUGAUAUAGAAUCCAAUCGUUCCAAUUCACCUCUUGAAGACAGCAGAUUGCAGCAUUCUGACUCUCAUUCUUCCACUGAAAAGCUGAAAGAAAAAAGCAGCUCCAAAGAGGACCCUCCCAACAGAUUAGCUAAAAUGGGAGCCAUGCCUACUCCAUUCAAAGUAGUUGGCACAACAGAAACUCCUCCUCCAGUCUCUGUUAGCUCAGUAAGCUCUGAGAAUAUAAAGGAAGAAGAACAGGAAGAAGAGGCACCAGUAGAACUGCCUGUAGCUGCUCCCAAGGUGUUUCUGCAGCCAAGCCCAGAAGAUGAAGAAAUAUAUGGACCUGGCACCAAAAUGAUCAAGUUUGUUAAAGGUGACACAGUUGGCAUGCGACUGGCUGGUGGAAAUGAUGUUGGUAUAUUUAUUGCUGGAGUGCAGGAGGGCAGUGCUGCUGAACAGCAGGGUCUACAAGAAGGAGAUCAGCUGCUUAAGGUAAAUACUCAAGACUUCAGAGGCAUAGCUAGAGAGGAGGCAGUUCUCUACCUGUUGGAUGUCCCUAAAGGAGAAGAAGUAAUUAUUCUAACCCAGAGCAGAUCUGAUGUGUACAAAAACAUACUUGCCUGUGGCCGGGGAGACUCAUUUUUUAUAAGGACACAUUUUGAAUAUGACAAAGAAGCUCCACAGUUUUUGUCAUUUACAAGAGGCGAGAUUUUCCGAGUAGUUGAUACACUCUAUGAUGGGAAACUUGGUAACUGGCUGUCUGUGAGGAUUGCCAAUGAGCUGGAAAAGGGCCUCAUUCCAAGUAAAAGCAGAGCAGAGCAGUUGGCCAGUGUUCAACUUGCUCAAAGAGGGGCCGCUGGAGACAGAGCGGAUUUCUGGAAAAAUCGGGGCCAAAGAUCUGGAGCUAAAAAGAAUGCAAGGAAGAGCCGUGACGAUCUGACUACUGUUUCCGCAGUUAGCACUAAGUUUCCAGCUUAUGAAAGGGUACUGCUUAGAGAAGCUGGCUUUAAAAGACCAGUUGUGGUAUUCGGCCCUAUUGCUGAUGUAGCAAUGGAAAAACUGGCAACUGACAUGCCAAGCCUGUAUCAAAUUGCCAAGACUGAGCCGAAAGAUGCUGGCUCUGACAAGUCUUCUGGCGUUGUGCGGCUGAAUACAGUGAGAAUGAUAAUUGAGCAGGACAAACAUGCAUUGCUGGAUGUGACUCCCAAAGCUGUGGAUCUCUUGAACUACACACAAUGGUUCCCUAUAGUUGUGUUUUUUAACCCAGACAAUAAGCAAGGAGUGAAAACCAUGAGACAAAGGCUGUGUCCCACAUCGAACAAAAGUUCCAAAAAACUGUACGACCAGGCAGCUAAACUCAAGAAGACAUGUGCUCAUCUCAUUACAGCUACUAUCAACUUAAACUCAGCCAAUGACAGCUGGUAUGGCAGCAUAAAAGAUGUGAUCAGGGAACAGCAGACCCAAGCAGUCUGGGUAUCGGAAGGAAAGGCUGAUGGAGGAGAAGAGGAGGAUGACCGCAUGUCAUACCUAACAGCAAUGGGAGCUGACUACCUGAGCUGUGACAGUCGUUUAGUCAGUGACUUUGAGGACACGGAUGGUGAAGGUGGCGCAUACACUGACAAUGAGCUAGAUGAGCUUGUUGAUGAUCCACUGCCUGUUUCCGCCAUUAGCCGUUCAUCAGAACCUGUGCGCCAAGAAGAGACUAUAGCUAAACCUGUGCCAGAGCCACGAGGCCAGAUGAAAAAAGCUGGAAGCAGAGAAAUGCUAAGGGAUCCUAGUCCACCUCCGACAUUCAAGCCAGAACCACCAAAGGUAAAAGCACAAAGCAAAGAUGAUAUAUAUGACUUGCCACGCUCCUCUGAGGCAAAUCGAAGCAGUUCCAGUGUAGGCAGCAGUGAGAUCUCAGGAGGUUCUGCCAAGGCAAUUCCUCCACCCACUGCAGCUAAGCCUGUGUUUCCAGGAAAACCCAUUUUGAAGGCACCAGUUACAGUUCCCUCUCCAGGGACAGAAGAAGUAGCCCCCAUCAAGGAAGAAGCGAAUGUUCCCAAAUCUGUCUUAGGAAAAGUUAAAAUAUUUGAAAAAAUGGAUUUCAGUGCAAGAGCACAAAGGCUACAAGAACUGCAAGAGGCUCAAAAUGCAAGGUUGGAGCUCGCCCAGAAACUUCCUGAUAUUUAUGCUGUGCCAGUAAAGCCACAGAAAAAUGAACAGAAUCGACCACAGCCGACAAGUUCUCGCCCACCAGAGCCUCAAAAACCACCUUCCAGAACCUACCAAGAUAACAGAGCGAGUUAUGGGAGCGAUGAGGAGGAAGAAGAAUAUCGGCGUCAGCUGGCUGACCAAUCAAAGCGUGGAUAUUAUUCCCAGCCUUCAAAAUACAGAGAUACAGAGUUGUGAAAAUACUGCAGACUACACUUUGGACUUCACUGCAGAGGUGAUUAAUGGAACAGACUACUUAUGUGUGGGCUGAUACUGUAAAGUCUUAUAGACUGCGUAUAUAUCAGGAAAUCACAUGUAACAUGGUAGUAUACAUCUCAAUUUUUGUUGACACGUUGGAGAUAUGUGGAAAUGUUUUCAUUAUACAGACAUUGGAGUUAUUCCUUAUGCUAAACUGAAAAUACUCAACAUUCAGAAAAUGUGUAAACAGAGUUAGACUGCCUUCUGUGAGCUUUUCUCAGUCUGCUCAUUCAUAUAAUGCUGGGGAAAUAUAAGCCAAUAUUCCCAAACAAACUGAUGCAAUUGAAAGUGGUUAUGGUGGAUGUAGUUACUUUUAUGCAUGGACGUGACAUUCCAAAAUAAUCGUUUUGUAAGUGCCUUGCUUCAGUAACAUCUUACAUCAAGGGUGCCUGGCAUGUGGCCAUAAAACUGCUGUGAAGUAUAGCUGCUGCUGAGGAUGCUGGAAGCUAUAGUUCACAACAGCUGAGAGGGCUUCCUAUUUGACAUCCCUAAGGUACAUGUUUAUUGCACUAUGACAGAAGCCUAAGACAAUACUGAAUAGGCAAUCCAAAGUUCAUUUGUGUCUUUUUAUGUAAUAUGAUGCAUGAUGAACUGGUUUAAAAUUAGUUAUUAAAGUUUUCUUGUCAGAUCAUCUGGCUGUUACAAAGUCGGGAAUGUAAAUGCUUUUGCUAUUCUAUAUAAAAUACUGUUCCUGUAAACAUAAACAACUGACAAAAAUAAAAUCGUAUUUUUCUUCUUUGUUGA